AUGUUUUCCAAGUUUACCCUUCUGAGCACGCUCGUUGGUAUUGUGUCGGCUGAUACCAAAGGCACAACCAUUUGGGAUGGUCGCUUCAAUGACAUGACCUCCAGCGUUGAUCUCGAGAAGUGGUCUUUCUCCAACCCAGUGGGUGCCUACCAAUACUACAUCCAUGGUUCCGGUACCGUCGACAAAUACGUCAAUCUCGAUGCCACAUACAAGAACCCCGCCGAUACUGGCUCGAAGCAGGGUGUCAGGAUCACCAUUGAUGAGACAGCCAAGUGGAAUGGUCAGACUAUGUUAAGGACUGAGCUUAUCCCUCAGACAACCGCUGCCAUCAACAAGGGCAAGGUCUACUACCACUUCUCGGUCAAGACCUCGACCGACAAUGUACCCACUGCCACCAACGAGCACCAAAUUGCUUUCUUCGAGAGCCACUUCACUGAGCUCAAGUACGGUGCAUCCGGCAGUUCCAAUACCAAACUGCAGUGGCAUGUUGGUGGUGUGUCCAAAUGGGACGUCGAGCUGGUAGCAGAUGAAUGGCACAACGUUGCAUAUGAGAUUGACUUCGACGCUGGCUCGGUUACCUUCUGGCACUCCACUGGCAGCGCUCCCUUGACCAAAACUGCUGGACCUUUCGAUGCAAGCACACAGUCCAAUGGUGCUGACUGGCAUUUGGGUGUUCUCCGUCUGCCUGGCUCGAACGACGCACCUGGCGCUGAGGAUUGGUUCUUCAGCGGCGUGUACGUCGAGAGCGGUGGCCUUACUACCUCUGUUAACACUGCUGGUGGCGCGGCUGAGGCGGAGAAUCCAGCUGCCUCUUCUGUCGGUGUCAUCGCUUCUUCUACCAAGGCUGCCGCUGUUGUUGAGACACCUUUUGCCACUCCAUCCAAUAUUUCCCUCGUCGCUUCAUCUACUCUUGUUGCAUCUUCCCCUGCCGCAACUCCAGACACUCCAAUCGCUUCGUCCAGUGCCGCAGCCGUCGAGACUCCAAUCGCUUCGCCCACUCCUAUCGCUGAUCCAACUCCCGUCAUUUCUUCAACUGCAACUAGUGCUCCCGCCCCUUCCGCUGGCACGGGUGCUGGCUCUGACGCGGUUCUGCCUGAGGAAUUCACCAUCAAGCAGUUCAUUGCUUGGCUCAGGGCAAAGCAGGCGACUCUCUGA